AUGGAGCACCGAGCCUCAUCGUCGCUCCUGCCCUGCAUCCUCCUGCUCUUGCUCUUCUCAGUGGGCACAGUGUCGGCGCAGCAAAAGUUCGGCAUCAACUACGGGCAGAUCGCCAACAACCUGCCGGACCCGACGCAGGUGGCCGGCCUGCUCCGGUCCAUGAACGUGAACCGGGUGAAGCUCUACGACGCGGACCCCAAGGUGCUGACGGCGUUCGCCAACACGGGCGUGGAGUUCAUCAUCUCGGUGGGCAACGAGAACCUGCAGACCAUGGCGGCCAGCCCCGGCGCGGCGCGGCAGUGGGUGGCGCAGCACGUGCAGCCCUUCCUCCCGGCCACCCGCAUCACCGGCAUCAUCGUCGGCAACGAGGUGCUGGGCAACAACGACACCGCCAUGGCCGCCAGCCUCGUCCCCGCCAUGCAGGCCGUCUACGACGCGCUCGCCGCGCUCGGGCUCAGCGGCCGGGUCACGGUCUCGUCGGCGCACUCGGUGAACGUGCUCGGCAGCAGCUUCCCGCCGUCGUCCGGCGCGUUCCAGGAGGGCGUGGCGCAGUACGUGAGGCCGCUGCUCGACUUCCACAGCAAGACGGGCUCGCCGUUCCUCAUCAACGCCUACCCCUUCUUCGCCUACAAGGGGAGCCCGGGGAGCGUGUCGCUGCCGUACGUGCUGUUCCAGCCCAACGCCGGCGUGCGGGACGGCGGCCUGGUGUACGACAACAUGCUGUACGCGCAGAUCGACGCCGUGUACGCGGCCAUGAAGGCCAUGGGGCACACGGACAUCGGCGUGCGGGUGUCGGAGACGGGGUGGCCGUCCAAGGGGGACGAGGACGAGGUGGGCGCCACCGCGCAGAACGCGGCGGCGUACAACGGCAACCUCAUGCAGCGGAUCGCCAUGGGCCAGGGCACGCCGCUCAAGCCCAGCGUGCCCAUCGACGUGUUCGUGUUCGCGCUCUUCAACGAGAACAUGAAGCCCGGGCCGGCAUCAGAGAGAAACUACGGGCUGUUCUACCCCAACGGCUCGCCGGUGUACGCGAUCAACGCCGGCACCGCCGGCUCCGGCUCGGGCUCCGGCGACGGAUCCGGCGGGGGGUCGUCGGUGGGGAGGUUCGACCCGUACUCGUCGCAGUCCAUGUUCUCGGCCGCGUCCAGAUUGGGCGUAAGGAGAAGAUUAUCUUCUUUGACGCCACUGCUGGUAUUGCCCGUGCUGUCAGCAUUGUUGGCAUGCUGA